UCUCCAUCGCGCUUCUGCUUUUUGUUUGCCAAAAACACAGCGCGCGCUUACCAAUUUUACAUCCCCUUUUUAUCCACCAAACCCUCCCCGACUUCUUAAUACACCCUUGCACCAUGUCUGAAGAGUUCUCUUUUGUCGACCACUCGCACCGCCGCUUCAACCCGCUGACCAACUCAUGGGUGCUCUGCUCGCCACACCGCGCCAAGCGCCCCUGGCUGGGCCAGGUCGAGGAUGCCGCUGUCGAGCAGCGCCCCUCCUACGACCCCAAGUGCUACCUCUGCCCAGGCAACACUCGCGCAACGGGCGCCAAGAACGACAGCUACGCAUCUACGUACGUGUUCGAGAACGACUACGCCGCUGUGCACGCAGCCCAGCCAGACUGCUCCACCACCGCGCUCGCGCAGGUAGCCGGCAAGGGCGCCUCUGCCGAGCUCUUCCAAGUCGAGUCGAUGCGGGGCCAGUGCAAGGUCGUGUGCUUUUCGCCACGCCACGACCUGACGUUGCCCGAGCUGUCGUUUGAGGAAAUUGGAAAGGUCAUUAACGCCUGGCAGAAGCUGUACAGGGAUAUGUCUGAAACGCCAGGGAUCGGAUACGUGCAGCUGUUUGAGAACAAGGGCGCCAUGAUGGGGUGCUCGAACCCGCACCCGCACGGCCAGCUCUGGGCGCUCUCGGAUGUCCCCAGCGAGCCCGCCAAGGAGAUCUCCUCACUCAAGAGCUUCCAUGCCGAGCACGCAUCGGACGCCUGUUCGUGUCUGCUCUGUAGCUACGCUGCCGCCGAGCAAAAGAACUCGGAGACAGAGGCUACCAACCGCGUUGUGUUCCAGAAUGACUCGUUCAUGGCGCUGGUACCGUUCUGGGCCGUCUGGCCGUUUGAGACCAUGAUUGUCUCCAAGCAGCACGUCAAGAGCGUCGCUGAUCUCGACUCCAAGCAGGUGCUGGAUCUCGCUGAGGCUAUGCAGAACCUGACGGCCCGUUACGAUAAUCUGUUCCAGUGCAGCUUCCCGUACUCAAUGGGCCUGCAUCAGGCGCCGACGGAGACGCAUGAGGAUGCUGAGUUCUGUCAUCUGCAUUUGCAUUUCUAUCCACCACUGCUGCGCUCAGCCACGGUGCGCAAGUUCCUUGUUGGCUUCGAGAUGAUGGCCGAGCCACAGCGCGAUCUGACUGCUGAGCAGGCGGCUGCGCGCCUGCGUGCUCUGAGCAGUGUGCACUACAAGGUCGCUGCCAAGAACUAGUCAAGUGCUAAUUGAAAUAUACUCUCGCCUCCAAAUAUCUGUAGCAACAAGUACACAAU